AUGACGAAAAACUCUUUGACUUGCAACGCCUGUGGCGCAUCAUCUAUCGCAGAAGGCUCUCGUUUCUGCCCCACUUGCGGUACAAGCAUGGCAAUGGAAGCAGAGGAUAUAAACACAAUGGAUACGCCAACUGCAGAAGCAUUGCCGCUUUCUGAAGUGCAAGCAAUUCCACAUGAACCAUAUCCAUCGCCAUCCCAUGCCGCUACACCAAGUACAUUGGAAGUUACAGCAGACGAGAUUGGUUCAACUCACAAUGUACAAGCUGCCCUAUUCUUCAAGAAUCCUUCUCCUGAAAUCAAGGCCCGGACCAAGUAUUUCGGACUGAGUUUCGGAGUACUGUUUAUAGGAACUCCAAGACAGACGGGGAAGUUCACAGUGCCAAAGAAUAUUUCAGUUGUAUCGGUUCUGGACGGGACAAAAAUUGAUCUUUCCGUUGCAGACUUUGUGCAUCCAGUAACAACGAUCCGAGUAUUCCCCAGUGUUUUGUCUGGUGUGAAGAUCAUUGUCCCUCGCGGGGUACGAGUGGAAACGCAAGGUCUCGGUAUCUUGGGGGGAAUCAAAGGAAUCUCCCAAAACAUACCGGUGUCUCACGAUGGACCAAAAAUCAUUGUGCAAGGGAUAACCGUUUUGGGUGGAAUAAAGGUUUCUGUGAACCAUAAUGUUCCACCAGUUCAAAUUGUAACUUGA